AUGGAUGAUGCAGGCGUUGCUUCGCGCGGAGGAGAAUCGGAGCGGAGGUGGUCGGCUGGUCGCGGUCUCGCGGUCGCGGAGGAGCACUCGCUGGCCGCUGCGGUCGAUUUAGGGUUUGGGUCGGCGGCGGCUGCUGUGCGAAGUUGGGAUGGGAGAAGUGAUGGUUGGCGAAUACUUGGCCUGCGACUGCGAACGAUGGAGAGGGCGACUGGCGAGAGGCCGAGCGAGGCUUCCUGCAACCCUAGAUGGACUAGGCCGGCUUGGGCCGCUGGGGGGUAG